UAUCACAGGAAUUCAUUCCAAUUCCUAUCCGCUCAUUUUCAUGAUACCAACCACGUCCCGUAGUCCUACCACUAAAAAAAGCCAUUAGGGUUUUGCUUGUCUUAUUCGUUUGUCAGUUCUUAUUUACAUAAACUAGUCUGGUUUCCACGUGCUCCUGGGAACUCUCUCCUCUCCUGCCCCAUUCGCCAUUCUCCACUCUUCUUCUCUUCCAUAUUUUUGCUCGUAAUAACACCUUUGACCGCUCUCUCUGUUCUACCCCUUUUAUUGAUUGUGUGUUUCUGUUUGUUGAGCCAUUUUCUUGCACGGGGGCAGCUGUAGUUUUCAAGAUUUUUAUGCCAAAAAGGGUGAAGAAAAUCAUUGUCCCAGAUAACAGUAUUGAUUUUUCUCAUCUGGGCUUGGGAAAUCUUGGCCUGAAGUGAAAUCUAGCCUGUGGGGUUCCAAGAUUUUUGCUGAGAAAAAUGGUGAUGGAAGUGGUGCAUGAAGAUAUGGGGGAAGGCAACAUGCAAUGUACAAAUCAUCCAUACAAGAACAGCACCCCAGGAGGGAUCUGUGCGUUUUGCCUUCAAGAAAAGCUUGGAAAGCUUGUUUCUUCUUCGUUCCCUGUAGCUGUUUUCCCCUCCUCAUCUUCAUCUUCUUCUCCUUCUUUUAGAUCUGACUUUGGUGGUAGCACCAGCGCCUCCGCCACCGGAGGCGGCGGCUCCACCGGCUCCACUCUUCAAGUCCGCCACCUUGCUUCUUCAUCUGUCAACUCUCAGACUGGAGGCAACGAUUGUAACUAUUACUGCACAAGGAGAGCAAGAUUGCCGUUUGUGUUGACCCAUAGGAAGAAGAAAAAGAAGGAUGGAGUAGUGGUGGGGAGUUCAGACUCCAGCAGCAUUGUUUUCAAGAGAAGUAAGUCUACAACAACUCCAAGAAAAGGUGUUCAUUUCAUGAAUGGAGACUAUGUUGAGGACUACAGCCCCCACAGAAGAGGGUUCUGGUCAUUUCUUUACUUGUCAAAGCAUUCUACUACCAAGAAAAGUGGUAAAAGCCUUAAAGAUUUGAACUUUACAUCAUCCACACCUAGCACUGUGGGAUCAUCAUCUGUGAGUGGUGUUGGUGGUCCAAUUAGAUCAAGGGAGAAGAAAAGAGAGGAGUUUGUGGUGGUGGAUGAAAAUGGGAGCCCUGAUGAGGCCUCAUUUGACAGAAAAGUUUCAAGAUCCAGAUCUGUUGGUUGUGGGAGCAGGAGCUUUUCAGGUGACUUCUUCGAGAGGAUUUCAACUGGCUUUGGUGAUUGUACACUCAGAAGAGUGGAGUCACAGAGGGAAGGUAAGCCUAAAGUACAACAAGUUCACAGAAAUAGUGGAAUUAAUGGCCAAGAUUGCAUCAAGGAGAGAGUUAGAUGUGGUGGGAUUUUCAGUGGAUUCAUGAUAGCUUCAUCCUCAUCCUCCUCAUCAUCUUCCUCAUACUUGGUUGCAUCUUCAGCUGAGGACAACAACAAUGCUAAUGGGAAGCCCACCAAUCAUUCAUCUGUCGGCAGUCUCUCUCACGGGAGGAGUAGAAGCUGGGGAUGGGCAUUUGCAAGUCCUAUGAGGGCUUUUGGUAAGAAUUCAACUGGGAAAAGGGAUGUUUCUACAAAUAAAAACACAACUCCAAAUUUGGCUGCAAUUCCUUCUUUGCUGGCUGUGAGUAGCUGAAAAGGAGGGAAGAAAACAAAAGGGCUUAGAUUAAUGAGUAAAAUUCAGCAGAUACUACACAACUUUCUUACAUUCUUGGUUGAUGUUUUUCACUGUGGUUAAUUACUCUGUUCAUCCAUGUUUGGUUGCAUCUGAAUUUACCUACCACUUGAUGAUGUUCAUGUUGUUAAUCGUGUUUGAUUGUAGUUCAAAUUCUGAGAGUUUGAGUUUCUAUGAGCUGUGUGGAGUAUAUUGGGUUCAUAUUUGUACUUGGAUGUUGUGUAGCUAUGAGAUUGAUGAAAAGGUUGGGGAAUAAAUGGUUCAAUAUAGAACUUUUGCA